AUGGGGCAAAAAAAUGCAACAACACUGUCUGAAUUCAUUCUAUUGGGGGUCACGCAGAGGUCUGAACUACAGCUACCCCUUUUGGGGAUCUUCUUCAUCAUCUAUGCAGUCACAGUGGUGGGAAACCUGAGUAUGAUCAUUUUGACCAAGCUGGACUCUCAUCUGUACACACCUAUGUAUUUUUUCAUCAGACACCUGGCUUUUAUUGAUCUUGGCAAUUCCACUGUUAUUUGUCCCAAGAUGCUGGUAAAUUUUGUUGUAGAUCAAAAUGUCAUUUCUUUUUAUGCAUGUGCCACACAACUGGCAUUCUUCCUAAUGUUCAUUAUUAGUGAAUUCUUUAUCUUGUCUGCUAUGGCCUAUGACCGCUAUGUGGCCAUCUGCAAUCCAUUACUCUACAGUGUGAUUAUGUCUCAGAGACUUUGUCAUGUGUUGGUGGGCAUUCCAUACCUCUACAGUACCUUCCAGGCUCUGCUGUUCACCACCAAGAUUUUCACUUUGACCUUCUGUGGAUCCAAUGUCAUCAACCAUUUCUACUGUGAUGAUGUUCCUUUGUUACCUAUGUUGUGCUCAAAUGCUCAGGAAAUACAACUGUUGAUCAUAUUAUUUUCAGCAUUGAAUUUGAUCUCCUCACUCCUGGUAGUUCUGGGAUCUUACCUUCUAAUUCUGCGAGCCAUAUGUCGAAUGCCUUCUGCAGAAGGCAGGAAGAAAUCUUUCUCCACCUGUGGUUCUCAUCUGACGGUGGUGGUGGUGUUCUACGGGACCCUGCUCUUCAUGUACUUACAGCCCAAAUCCUCUCACGCCUUUCAGACUGACAAAAUAGCCUCUGUGUUUUACACCUUAGUGAUUCCUAUGCUUAACCCCUUGAUUUACAGUUUAAGAAACAAAGAGGUAAAAAAUGCUUUCUAUAGAGUAUUAAAGAAAAUCUACAAUAUAUUGAGUUAA